CUCUUUUCUAUUUCUCCCACUUCAAUGAUUCAAAGACUCAAUUGGUAGACAACAUUAUACGCCAGGCUACUAUUUAGGGUUUGGAACUCCUGCGAAAAUACAGUGUCCGUUUGGUGUCUAUAUAAGCUCUACUACCCACUCUAACCACUCCAACCGCACGAUGGGAUUCACCACCGGCUUCACCAGCGGCGUAACUCUUACACUCGGAAUUGCCUAUCUCACCGUCCUCGCACACGAGCGCAACCGCAACGCGCAAGGCGAAAACCUACGCAGUCAAUCCUCCCUCCUCAACACCCUGCUCCUCUCCGACCCAAGCCUCACCUACUCCGCCCCCGACUUGGAGACCGGACGCACGAGCCGCGCGACGCUCGUCGAGACGGCCAAGGACCGCUGGAACGCGGAGAUCCAGAACGCAGUGCGCUGGGUGCAGGGCGCGGAGUGGGGCAACGUGAAGGAGGGGAUGGAGGGCGCGGUUGCUAAGGCGCUGGGGACGGGGCUGGAGAAGUCGAGAGAGGAGAUUCAGCUUGCGGAGGAUAAGGCGGGGCCGAUUGCUAGGGAGGCGAUUGAGAGGGCUAGGCACGGCGCGAAGAUGGGCUUUGAUGGGUCCAGGGUUGCGGCUGAGAGGGCGGCAUCGAGGGCGCUGAGUGCUACGAGCGAGAGGGAGUCGAAGUUUGAGGGGAAGACCGAGCAUGGGUUGGAGAAUGCGAGUGCGACCGCGAAGGAGGCGUGGAGGAAGGGCGUGGAGAAGUCUCAUGAAGUUGCGGAGCGGCUGAGACUCGGGGAAGAAUCUGCUGCCCACGCUGCAAGGCGGCAGUGGGAGAAAAGCACUGAAGCAGCUCACGAGAUUGGCAAGAGAGAGGGCAUUUAUGGAGACAAGGCAGAGCACGGCCUCGAGAAUGCGGGGCCUGUGGCUAGGGAGGCCUGGAGGAAGGGUGUUGAGAAGGGACGUGAGAUCGAGAAAGGACUGCGUCUUACUGAGACGGUCGCCGAGCAUGCUGUGCGGGCCGCGGCACACCACGAGGCUGCAAAGGCUUCGGAGGUUGCAGAAGGACUGAAGCUUACGGAAGAGGGCGUCGUUGGGGCAGUGAAGAGGACUGUCGCACGCGGCAAAGAGGUUGUGGAGAGCGCCAUUGGAAGGACGAGUGGACACGAGGAGGCAGAUGGGCUGACAGAUGUGCAGAGGGCCUUGAAGCAAAGGUACGACGCGGCUUCCCCGCUGAACAAGUCGGUUAGGGAGGCGUUGGCGGAGAGAUAUACGCCAGUUGACCAGAAGUCAAAUUCGAACUUGAGAGGUUUAUGA